UAGAAAACCUCAGCUAUGAUUGGUCUCACAGUCUCACCAGAGGUGGCACUUGCGGAUGAACCAGUGAAAAUCCAAGCUUGGGGUCUCCGACCACAAGAGUUAAUUACACUGAGAGCAUGGCUGAAGGACGAAAAAGGUGAAAUCUUUUACUCCCGAGCCUUCUACAUGACAGAUGAAGAGGGGAAGGUGGAUUUAGAGCAUACACCGGCCACUGGUGGAGACUUCCAAGGAGUUCAUCCAAUGGGACUCUUCUGGGCUCUGAAGCCAGUUACUCCAUUUUUAAGGUUGUUAAAACGUGAUGUGAUAGGAAGUCCUUUCUAUGUUCACCUGGAGCUCUACCGACAUUUAGAAAUAACUCCAUCUCCAAAAGAUAUUCCAACCAUCAUUAAAGUUGUACAAAGAUGGUAUGCCAGUCCUCGCGUCCAGAGAGUGCAGAUCAGAGAAGGGCGAGUCCGGGGGACUCUCUUUCUUCCUCCAGGAGAAGGCCCUUUCCCUGGAGUCAUUGACAUACCUGGUAGAAUUCAUGGUCUAAUAGAGUUUAAAAGCAGCCUGCUGGCCAGCCGAGGGUUUGCUUCUCUUGCCUUGGCCUAUUUUGCCUACGAAGAUCUGCCAAGCCAAUUGGAAAACAUAGAUCUGAAAUACUUUGAAGAAGCUGUUCAGUGGCUGAGUAACCAUCCAAAAGUUUCGGGAGCUGGGGUUGGAAUAAUCUCUUUUAGCAAAGGGGUAGAGCCAGCCUUGGCAAUGGGAGUUUAUUUGCCCCAAGUGGCUGCUACCAUCUGUGUCAAUGGAACCAAUGCAAUCAAUGGAGAGGCUCUCAGCUAUGGAGAUAUCAUCUUUCCUGCAAUCCCUUAUCAAGCAGAAAGAAUACUAACCACAGAUAGAGGAACCAUUCUCGUCUAUGAGUUAAUGGGAGAUCCAAGAAAGCCUGAAUAUCAUAAUUCCAUAAUUCCAGUGGAGAGGGCCCGAGGACCCAUCCUCUUUUUGGUGGGAGAAAAUGACCAGGUGUAUAACAGCUUAUUUUUUGCCAAGGAGGUAUUAGCCAGAGCACACAAAUACGGCAAGCAGGAUGUCUACUUACGGAGUUACCCUGGAGCUGGCCACCUUCUGGAGCCACCCGGUUUACCCCAUUGCUCUGUGAGCAGAGUUCAUUUACUUCCACUCCCAUUGAACUUUGGGGGGGAACUUGUGUCUCACUGCAGGGCCCAAGAAAGCUGCUGGAAAGAGAUACUGGACUUCCUGCGUAAAAAUAUACCAUGCUCUCGGCAGAAUAAGUUAUGA